UUCCAAUUCCCGUCCGAUCUCCGCCCUUUUGCCGUUUCUUUCACGUGCAACCUUUUUAAACGAUUCAAUUAACUCUAAUUGCCCCAACAUAUUAUAUCAAUUCCCAUAUCCAUCCCAUAUUCAUCAAUUGAUAUCUAUCUAUACCUACCAUCACCAAUACAACUAACUACCACCUACCACCUACCACCUACCAUGUCUGAUCCAAGUCAACGUAUCAUCUCUCAUAUGAAUGCUGAUCAUCAAUUAGCUUUAAUUGAUUAUAUUGUCGUCUAUGGUGGAGCUGAAAUUGGUUUAUUCCAAGAAUCAUCAGUUAAAUUAGUUAAACUUGAUGAAAAAUCAUUCACUAUUGAAUAUAGUUUAAACACGGGAGAAAUCGUUCAAUAUUCUCUUGAUUGGAAUGAUGCUUCUGAACUGCAACAUUUAAAAGUUGAAAGUUUUAAAGAUAUUAAAGAUAAAUUAAUCUCUAUGGCAAAAUAUGCUGCUGCUAAACAAGGUUAUUCUGCUCAUAGAAUUACAAAAAUCUUAUUACCUGAUAAUAUCUUUGGUUAUGGAAUGUAUGUUACUGUGAUUACUUUAUUCCUUAAUACUGUUGAUCCAAAUUUAAUUCCAAAAUAUUUAGGUAAUGAUUUCAUUUAUGGACAAAUUGUGAAAUAUAUUCCAACCUUUGUAAAGAAGAAUAUCCCAUUUAUAUUUUAUUUAGUUACUUUGAUUCACGUGUUUGAAGUUAUGUUUGUCUUGGUACCAAAAUUGAAAAAAUAUAGAGUUUCAACCGUUCAAUCCUUUGGUUGGAUCGUGAUGAAUAUGUUUGAAGGGUUUAAUGUGUAUUUUAGAUUUAAUACUUUAACCAAGGAUUAAAUAUACCUAUAGUCUACUUUAUAUAUAUAUAUGUGACUUUUUAUUAAUGUACAUUUCUAUCUAAUGUUUAUGCUUUUUACUUUGACCAUUAUCAUCAAUAUGAUUUCGUUUGUUGGAAGUUUCCUCCUCCUCCUCCUCCUCCUCAUCAUCCUCCUCCCCAUCCUCCUCUUCAUCCUCCCCACUCAAGUCCAACUCUUCACC